AUGUCAACAUCCACUAAACCCCAGAAACCUUUCCAUGUUGCUAUUUGCGGUGGAGGAAUCGGUGGACUGUGUAUGGCAAUUGGUCUCUUAAAACAUAAUAUACCAUGCAUAGUAUACGAAGCCGCACCUGCAUUUGCAGAAAUUGGUGCUGGAGUAUCAUUUGGUCCAAAUUCCGUUCGGGCAAUGGAAUUAAUAGACCCAUCCGUUAAACACGGUUUCGAUAAUUGCGCAACAUACAAUGGAUCACCAGAAGAAAGAGACAUCUGGUUUGAUUUCCGGAUGGGUAUGGCGGAAGAAGGCUGGAAAUAUUUCAAAACCGGGCCACCCGCGAAAGAGGGAGAAUUUCUCACCGAAGUUGUGGCGAAAGACUGUGGACAAGCUUCAGUUCACCGAGCGCAUUUCCUCGAUGAAUUGGUCAAGUUAGUUCCGGAUGAAAACUCCCAAUUUGGAAAAAGAGUAGAGAAGGUAGAGGAGAAAGGAGAUAGAUUACAGAUGACUUUUCAGGAUGGUACGACAGCUGAGGCGGAUGCGGUUAUUGGUUGUGAUGGUGUCAAAUCGAGAACGAGACAUAUGGUUUUUGGUGAGGAUCAUGAGGUUACAGUACCGGUGUUUAGUGGGAAAUAUGCAUACAGAGGAUUGAUUCCUAUGGAGAAAGCAAUUGGAGCUGUUGGUGAGUCUUUAGCUCGAAAUAGUCAAAUGUACUUGGGUCAUCAUGGCCAUGUCCUGACAUUUCCAAUCGAAAAGGGAGCCACAAUGAACGUUGUAGCUUUCCGCACCCAAAAAGAUGGGAAAUGGGAUAAUGAAAAAUGGGUUCUUCCAAUGAAAGAAUCAGACAUGUUCGAAGAUUUCGAAGGCUGGGGUAAAGAUGUAAAACACAUUCUUUCCAUCAUGGAAAAACCCGACGUCUGGGCCCUCUUCGAUUCUCUCCCUGCUCCAAUCUAUUACAAAGGCCGGCUUGUCCUCCUCGGCGACGCCGCUCACGCUAGUACCCCACAUCAAGGAGCUGGAGCCGGCCAAGCUAUCGAAGAUGCGUAUGUUCUUUCAAAUUUACUUGCAGAUUGUACGGACACAAGGCAAAUUGAGAGCGCAUUUAAAGCGUAUGAUGAGAUUAGGAGACCAAGGAGUCAAAAGGUUGUGACGACGAGUAGGGAAGCGGCGGAACUCUAUGAGUUUGAAAAUGAGGAGAUGAUGGGGGCGGGAGAUGAAGGUGUUGAUAUGGAAGGGAUGAAGGAGAAGUUAAGAGAGAGGUGUAAGUGGAUUUGGAAUGAAGAUUUGAAGGAGCAGUUGGAGAGGGCGAGAGGAGUUAUGAGGGGAGGGAUAGGAAAGGCGAAUUUGUAA